AUGUUCCCUUCACAGGCGGCCAAUUUCAAUAUCGAGGCCCUGAGUGGGAUCUGUGGAUCUAUCUCAAUUGCUUGCUGGGUUGUUGUCUUCUCCCCACAGAUUAUUGAGAAUUUCCAACGUGGCUCUGCAGAUGGCCUUUCGCUUCUGUUUCUCAUCGUGUGGUUGGCGGGCGAUGUGUUCAAUAUCCUCGGUGCUGUGCUCCAGGGCGUGCUACCAACAAUGACUAUCCUGGCGGUGUAUUAUACACUGGCGGAUAUUGUUUUGCUGGGACAGUGCUUCUAUUACCGAGGCUUCAACAUUAGGGAAGAAUUCUCUUCGUCCCCGUCGCCGGAACCCGAAUCAUCUGCCACCGGUGCUCUUGAGGGCAGCGACGCGAAUGGGCCUGGGCCAACAGAAAGAUCUUCCCUGUUGCCGAAAUCCGAUGGUCACAUUAAAAUUCAGGAUCCGGCCACAAGACACAAUGGGCAACACUCCCAUGACGGCGCGCGACCAACAUCGCUGUCAUCUGCUACGCAGGGAAGACGGCACUCUGCAACAACGAUUGGCGAAAUAUUGAACCCCCACCAUAUUGACGGCACACAUCUGUCGCCUGCGAUGCCAUUAAUAGAGCCGAGUUCAGAUACAGCGCGCGCCCGACGACACCGCCCUCGCAUCUCCACCCUCCAGGCUCUCUUCUUCAACACUACAGCCAUCGCCCUCGUUUGCGCUGCAGGUAUCCUGGGCUGGUAUGUCACCCCAGGCCCUAAAACAUCCAAACCAGAACCAGAACCCCUCACCAUGGACACACUGGGCCAAGUCUUCGGGUACCUCUGCGCUGUGCUGUACCUGGGCUCUCGUGUUCCCCAGCUGCUGCUCAAUUAUCGCCGGAAAUCUACGGAUGGAGUGUCUUUGCUCUUCUUCCUUUUCGCUUGCAUUGGGAAUUUGACCUACGUCCUGUCCAUUCUGGCAUACUCGCCUGUUUGCCAGGGAACGACUAAAAACCGGCAUCACACGAAGUGUCGUCCCGGUGAGGCCUCUGCGUUGUAUGGAAGAUAUGUGCUUGUCAACCUGUCUUGGUUGAUUGGUAGCUUUGGUACUUUGCUGUUGGAUAUGGCGAUUUUUGUUCAGUUCUUCUUGUACCGUGACGGAGACAAGGCUCACCACGAUGUUGACACCGAUGAGUGA